GACGCACGUUCGAAGGCAAGCUUGUAAUGUGCACGCUGGAGGCUAGGAGCCAUUUAAUUUCUAGCUGUGAGGUCGCAGGUUGAUAACAAUGUUGGGAGCUUUUCUGCCCAAGGGCGAGAGGACGUCAAACAGGAACAGGACAAGUCUCAUCCUCCGCCCCGCUCGCUCGCUGUCCGACUUUGGUCCUUCCCACGACUGUUGUAGCGACUUGUUGUAGCGAGCCCUAAGAAAUUCCCAGGGAAAAGGCUCGGCAAUAUCCACCACCAUCCUCCCCCUUGGCUUCGCAACAUAGUCAAGACCAAACAAGCCUUUCUCGGCGCCUUGGGUUGCUGCCUUCCUAGGAGAGGAUUGGCUGCGCGGCUCCCAGGCCCCUCUCGCUCACGAUCGGCCUCGGAUUGGCCAAAGAACUUUGCGAAGCACAGCCCGUCUCCAACAUACAUCGAGUGUUGCCUUCGAACGCCGGCCACCGUCGCCCUCGCUGUAGUCGCGGUGGGACGUGAGAGGGCGCCGGCCUGGAUGUUGUGGUCAUUCGCAACUGGCUGAUUGAUCGACCUCUGGCCGCACCUGUGUGGUGAAUAAGACAGCCCGGAUACCUACCAAGUCGUGCCAGCAGCAGCCAUGGCUUGGGAGCAUCUGUCUAUCACGAAGCCGCACUUGGUGUAUAUCAUCCUGGGCGGCUUCACUUCUCUCUUCAUGCUGUGCUCGUCGGUCAUCAAAGAACGCAUGUACAUAGGCGAGGCCACCGUCGCUACCCUCUGCGGUCUCAUCUUCGGUCCACACGCCGCCAACCUGAUCAACCCGCAGUCGUGGGGCAACGUGGACAUCGUCACCAUCGAGUUCUCCCGCAUUGUUCUCGUUGUCCAAUGCUUCGCCAUCGGUGUCGAGCUGCCCAAGUUCUACAUGGAGCGCCACUGGAGAUCGGUCGUCUUCCUGUUGUUCCCUGUUAUGACCUUUGGAUGGCUCGUCACGAGCGUCAUCGUGUGGUGGCUGAUCGAGCCGCUCAGCUGGCUCGAGAGCCUGGUCGUGGCCGCCUGCGUCACCGCCACCGACCCUGUUCUGGCCUCGUCCGUCGUGGGGAAGGGCAAGUUCGCUAAGCGCGUUCCCAAGCACUUGCGCGACUUGCUGUCGGCCGAGUCUGGCUGCAACGAUGGCAUGGCCUUCCCAUUCAUGUACCUGUCGCUUUACCUCAUUCAGGACCACCUGGAUGCCCAUAAGGUCACAUUCCACUGGUUCGUCUACACCAUCCUCUACGAGUGUGUAUUUGGCGCCAUCUACGGCUUUUUGAUCGGCUACUUUGCCCGUCACGGCAUCAAGUAUGCCGAAAAGCGCGAACUCAUCGAUCGCGAGAGCUUUCUCGUCUUCUACUUCGUUCUGGCCCUGUUCUGUGCGGGCUCUGGUAGCAUCCUGGGCGUCGACGACCUCCUCGUUGGCUUCUCCGCCGGAGUGGGCUUCUCCAACGACGGCUGGUUCGGCCAGAAAACGGAAGAAUCUCAUGUCUCCAACGUCAUCGACCUACUGCUCAACCUGGCAUACUUUGUCUACCUUGGCACCAUAAUCCCGUGGGAGAUGUUCAACAAUGCCGAGAUGGGGCUCUCGGCCUGGCGGCUGACUGUCAUGGCCAUCUUCGUCAUUCUCUUCCGUCGUAUUCCCAUCAUGAUGGCCCUGAAGCCCUUGAUACCUGAUAUCAAGACAUGGAGAGAAGCCCUUUUUGCCGGUCACUUCGGCCCCAUCGGCGUCGGUGCCAUUUUCAUUGCCAUCCUGGCCCGAGCCGAGCUCGAGUCGGAGAAUCCUGUACCGCUUGCUGAGCUACCACCGCCUGGCUCUCCGCACUACACACUCAUCACCCUGGUCUGGCCCGUGGUUACUUUCAUGGUAGUUGCGUCUAUUCUCGUCCACGGAUCUUCGAUCGCCGUCUUUACGCUCGGCAAACACAUCAACACGCUGACGCUAACCAUGUCGUACACGACUGCUCCGGAAGAUGGCCCGUCCUGGAUGAAUCGUCUGCCGAGGAUAACGUCGCAGUCCAGAUCCCAAGCACGGACUAUGUCUGACACGGAACUGGACGAAACGAAGUUACCUGACCUGCCCCCCGGAACCCUUCCCCCGAUUGGCUAUCCCGGUCACUUUCUUCGGCGUGUACAGGACGAGGAUAAGGAUGGCACUGUCAAGCACGGCAGCAGAGCAUCUUCCGCAGCAGCAAGAAGGCGACGGAAGAUGUGGGAUGACGGUAUUGGCCCCGGUGGUCCAAUCAGUCAGUCGGCUAUCUUCCCUCAGCGUCGAGCCCCGGAAGACGCAGAGACAGGGAUGGCUUUGCACCAAACACCAGCACAGUCUCCCACCGGCUCUGACCCGGAGCCGACAAGCCGCCGCAUGCCCGAGCCCGACUCUGAGAAGCCCACACAGCUGCCUGGGUCUCUUGAGAGUCAACCCCAAGUAGACCCUGGCGAGCGGCUCGCGGCGCCACAACAGACGGAACUUCAAGUUUACUCCGAGGGUGACCACGUCAUCAUCGAGAACAGGGAUGGCGAGGUCAUUGCCGUCUCUGAUGAGACGAAGCCGGGCAUGCCAGCCAACGACAUCAAAUCCAAGAUGAAGUCAGUAUGGACAUACGACUACGUCAAAAAGAAAUUUGGUGAUUGGCACGCCGAGGAGAUGCAGAAACGUAGCAGGGAGAAGGAAACUCAGCGGAAGCACGAGCCUGCCCGAGCGUACCAGUUUGGCAACACCAUUAUUGUCGAGGACGAGGAUGGCGAGGUUGUCAAGAAGUACGAGCUUCCGUCACACAAGCCGGACAAGGAAGGCGGAGAUCUGGUGUCUCAAGGCCUCAAGUAUAUGGGAAUCGGGUCGCUCGUCAAGAGCAGCAGCGAAAAAACAGCCGACGCCGGGCCGUCGACCUCUGGUGCAGCCGGUAAUUCAACCGCCAAGACUGGUGGCGCGCCUCAAAGAUCGAGGAAGAAGAGUGAGGCGGUAGAAACUGGAAUUGAGGACGACAAAAACAUCAGGUUCAAAAUCGGCGGGGUGGGCCAGCGCAUGACUGCGGAUGACUUCAUUCGAGAAAUGCAGAAGCUGGACAAGAGCACGCGGCGUGAAGUUGUGGAACAGUCCUCGGCCUCGGGCACAGUCAAGGCGCUCGCCAAACAAGACACACGCUCCACUAACCAGCCGGAACCCGCGGUUAGGGACGCCUCCCGAGAAGACGACAGAGGCCGAGGCCGGGCGGGUUCUGCUCCCGCUAAACGCCAACUGGAACCUGAGCCGGAUAUUCUCCACGCCGAUAGGAGCGACGACGAAGAGACAACGGCUGAGAGACGGCGGCGCAUGGCUGUACUUGAAGGUGUCCACCGCGACGAUGACGACGAAUACGACGGCGACGAGGCUGGUGAGACGCCGGCCGAGAGACGCCGGCGGGAGGCGGCUCUCGGCAUCCGUGCACAGGCAGAAGCAGCCGAGUCUGAGAGCGAUGACGAUGACACGCCUCGGAUCCCACCUGGCAGACGUGGGAUUAGAUUUGCGGAUGCUGUCAGGAAAUAAGCCCGAGUAGAUGGAGACGCCAGAUAAAGAUGCGGCAUAUAUACCUGAAUACCUACCUACCUAGGUAUCUGAAGGGUGUGCCUAUCAAGAAUCCAGUCAUGGUGAGCCCAAGCUCUCACCCCCAUCCACGGCGGUUGAAUGACUAGCCAGUGUCGGUGCCAUCCGAGGUUUAUCAAUGCCGUCUGUGUCUUCGCGUUCUCUCCCUCUUUCUUUAUCUUCUUGUUUUACUCCCCACUUCAGCUCUGCCGUCAUUGUCGUCAUCAUCUCUGCGGCGAUUCUUCGUCUCCAGUUUACUUGGGGUAAUAAUACUUCGGAGUGAAAUACCUCCCAGUCGCAUAGAUGUAAUAAUUUAGUUUCUAGAGUAACAAAGUCCCCCCUGCUAUCUCGAACAGCCGGCUUAGAAGCAUCUUUCACUGUAGAUAUAUGAUGCCCAG